AUAACUGAGAGGAUCCAGCAGAGUUUGUGAUUAUUGGUCUCCCAUAAUAGCUACCUGUGUGAGGAAUCUGCUGAAUAAACAUGACGUGUUGGAAGGGAGGAGACUAGAACCUGGUUAUAAAGCAUGGCUGAGGUGGAACAUCACACUUCACAGUGUGUUUCAACUGCUUGAAACUGACGAACAUGGACAGUGAAUUUGUUGUUCUCGAUUCAGAGAAGGAACAUGUACAAGAAAAAGAUCUCAGGAUUGUUCUUGUUGGGAUAACUGGAGCUGGAAAGAGUGCAGCAGGAAACACCAUCUUAGGACAGAGGAUUUUUUAUUCUAAUCCAUCUGCAUUCUCAGAAUGUCAGAAGAAAGCAACUCAGGUAGAUGGUCAAAGAGUGGUUGUGGUUGAUACACCAGGUCUUUUUAAUAUCUUUAAAACUGAAGAAGAGGUGAAGACAGAGAUAGAAAAGUGCUGGUCAUUAGUUGAUCCUGGUCCUCAUGUGUUCCUGAUUGUGAUCCAGGCCGGCAGAUUCACAGAAGAAGAACAACAAACAGUGAGAAUCAUUCAGAAGAUGUUUGGAAAAAAAUCAGCAGGUUACUCUAUGGCCUUGUUCACUCAUGGAGACAAUCUGGAAGCUGAUGGAGACUCUAUAGAUAAAAUAAUUAGUGAUAAUUCAGCUCUUCAAUACUUCAUCAGUCAGUGUGGUGGAGGAUAUCAUCUUUUGAACAACAGAAAGGAGGAUCGCUCUCAGGUCACAGAGCUGCUGAUGAAGAUCAACACGAUGGUUCAGAAAAAUCGAGAAAGCUGCUAUACAAGAGACAUGAGAGACAGCUGGUCUUUUGAGGACAUAGUAGCUCCUGGUGUUGGUGCUGUUGCUGGAGCUGUUGCUGGGCUUGGUAUUGGAGCAGUUGUUGGUGUUGGAGCCUUUGCUUUAGGAGCUGCUGGAGCUGUAACUGGCGCUCUAGUGGGCAAAUGGAGGGCAAAUAACUCAUAUUUAAAUCCCGUCUCCAAGAGUGCUGCACUUGGGGUCCACCAGUUCUGCCUGCCUGCCUGCCAUACAGCCAAUCAUGAGGCUGAGAUCAAGAGAAUCCCAAUCACAGACAUGACAGACAAAAACCUGCUAGACAGCGAUUCUCUGCUUGAUGCAGAGAAACCAGAGCUCAGGAUGGUGCUUGUUGGGAAAACUGGAGCUGGGAAGAGUGCUUCAGGAAAUACCAUCUUAGGAAGCAGAGUUUUUCAAUCUAUAGCAUCUGCCUCUUCUGUGACAUCAAAGUGUAAGAAGGAAACAGUGGAGUUUGAAGGUCAGACUCUGACUGUAGUUGACACUCCAGGUCUGUUUGACACCAAACUUCUUAAAGAGGAGGUGGUGAAAGAAAUUCUUGGAUGUAUCUCAUUAUCUGCUCCUGGUCCUCAUGUGUUCUUGAUUGUGAUCCAGGCUGGGAGAUUCACAAAAGAAGAAGAAGAAACAGUGAGAAUCAUUCAGAAGGUGUUUAGUGGAAGGUCAGGAGAUUACACUAUGGUCUUGUUCACCUGUGGAGAUGAUCUGAAGGCUGAUGGAGUCACCAUAGAAAAAAUUAUCCAUGAAAAUCCAAAUCUUUGCAGCUUCAUCCGUCAGUGCGAAGGACGAUAUUAUGUGUUUAACAAUAAAAACGAGGAUCCCUCUCAGGUCAGAGAGCUGCUGAAGAAGAUCAACAUAAUGGUUGAGUUAAAUGGAGGAAGUUAUUAUACCGAUCAAAUGUUCGAGGAGGCUCAAAGAGCCAUAAGAAAAGAGAUGAGACGACUUCAGACAGAAAAUCCAAAGAUGGAUGUCAAAGAAGCAAGAGGACAAGCAGAGGGAGACAACUCUUUCAUUCGAACUGCUCUAGCUGCUGCUGUUUCUAUUGCUCUUGCUGCUGUUGAAGCUGCUGCUGCAAUAGUGGAGGGUCCAGCGGCAGCUGCAGUAAGUGCAGCAGCUAAGGCUCUUCAAGAUGAUGCAUGCAAAAUACAGUGAUGAUAAUAAUAAUUCUCAUUUAUUUGCUGCUCUUUAAAAUUUAUAUGCAGAUACUUGGAAAUAAUCACUGUAAGAUGUAUUUUAAUGUCUUUCUCUCUCUCUCUCUCUCUAUUAUCUUAAACUUUGUAAUUUAACUGAUUAAUGAAAUCUUCAUUUUUACUAUUUUUGAUUAUCAUGUGAGUAAUGGGACAUUCUUGAUUUCAAAACAAAACAAAACAAUCAGGUUAUGUAAAUUGUUUUUAUGCUGCAGAUGUUUGUAGUCUUGAAUGAUGGAUUGUGCAUUUUAACACAUGAACAUUUCUGUUGUCUCAGGAGCUGAACCAAAAGAAACUGUAAUCAGUGAUGUUUGUGUUGAACAAAAUGUGACAUUGACUUUCUUUCUUUUAACAUGUUAAGAAAUAUGAAAAAUAAAAUGAAUUAAA